GAUUAUUAUUGGAACUGGAUACGGUGUUUGGUAAGAAAGCGAGGGAGUUUAGAAAAGGGAAAAAAGCCAUAGUGGGAGAAUACCUGCUCUACCUUGGCUCAGUAACCGCUUGCCGGUCCAGCAGUCAGCAUCAGCCGUCCGCGCGCUCCAGACAAAUGCUGUACGACGAAGACCUGUCCCAGAGGCUCUCAAUGCCUCCAUACACGGAUUCCAACAAUAACAGCAACGGAAAGACCAGCACGAAAGACAAAUAUUCGUUGCGGCCUAGGUCGAUCCGCAGGAGGAACCCAGAGGUCGUCGAAGAUGAGGUCCAGGUGCCUCAGCCGGUGCUGAAGAGGAGUCCUAAGCCGAAGCAGAAGCCCGCACCGUUGAGCAAGUAUCGGCGCAAGACGGCGAACGCCAGAGAACGCAGUCGGAUGAGGGAGAUCAAUCAGGCCUUCGAGACGCUCCGGAGGGUCGUACCACAACUGUCGGAGGCACACACCGUCACCAACGAGAAGCUCACCAAGAUCACCACCCUCCGUCUGGCGAUGAAGUACAUUUCUACGUUGAGCGCCACCCUCACCGGUGGAUCAGAUACGUCGUCCUCAUCAUCUCCCGACUUGAUCUCCGACUGCUCCGAGCUCGAUCUCCUGCUGGAAUCCGAUGGCGAGUCUCUGCCUCUUCACUCGGACUUCUCCGACCAUUCUGCAGACUUUGGGGCAGACUUUGCAGAUGAUCCUCUCGCGCACGACUUCUCACCCCUCUCGCCGGACCUCAGCCAUCAUCUCACCCACUUCGACCCUUUCCUGGCGGACUUCAGUUAAUUAGUGCUAGUAAAGAAAAUUAAAAAAUUAGGUCGCAAACUCGAAAUUAAACAUAUUCUUA